CGGCACAUUUUCGGAGCCUCUCUCUCCCAGCAGACCCUCACAUAGUUGACAGGAACCGUUGACUGAGUUAUUCGCCAUGCCGUCCAACAAGACCUUUGCUAUCAAGCGCCACCUGGGCAAGGCUCAGAAGCAGAACCGCCCCAUCCCCAACUGGAUCCGCUUCCGCACUGAUAACAAGAUCCGCUACAACGCCAAGCGCCGCAACUGGCGCCGCACCAAGCUCAACCUCUAAGCUGUUUUGCUGGGCUUUCUUCCGGCCUUCAGUUGUUUUCUGUCGGCAGAUGGGAUCGAUUCAUUGUUUUGACUCAGUGUCCACAUCCGCCACACUCCCACUCUGCCAUCAGACAAGAAUUGAUGAGCUAAUAUAACAGGUUGCAGUUUUUCGGCAUGCCAAAACUGAGGGUCUA